CAGCCUCUGGGUCCCAUGACACCGGUCCCAGGGCCAGGCUCGGAGGUCGUGCCCUGUUGGCUCAGCAUGUCGGUCAGCGUCCACGAGACCCGCAAGUCGCGGAGCAGCACGGGCUCCAUGAACAUCACGCUCUUCCACAAGGCGUCGCACCCCGACUGCGUGCUGGCCCACCUCAACACGCUGCGCAAGCACUGCAUGUUCACCGACGUCACGCUCUGGGCCGGCGACCGCGCCUUCCCCUGCCACCGCGCCGUGCUGGCCGCCUCCAGCCGCUACUUCGAGGCCAUGUUCAGCCACGGGCUGCGGGAGAGCCGGGACGACACGGUCAACUUCCAGGACAACCUGCACCCCGAGGUGCUGGAGCUGCUGCUGGACUUCGCCUACUCGUCGCGCAUCGUCCUCAACGAGGAGAACGCCGAGUCGCUGCUGGAGGCGGGCGACAUGCUGCAGUUCCACGACGUGCGGGACGCGGCCGCCGAGUUCCUGGAGAAGAACCUGUUCCCCUCCAACUGCCUGGGCAUGAUGCUGCUGUCGGACGCCCACCAGUGCCGCCGGCUGCACGAGCUGGCCUGGCGCAUGUGCCUGGCGCACUUCGAGACGGUGCGGCAGAGCGAGGACUUCAACAGCCUCUCCAAGGACAAGCUGCUGGACCUCAUCUCCAGCGACGAGCUGGAGGCGGAGGACGAGCGGGCGGUGCUGGAGGCCGUCCUGCAGUGGGUGUGCGCCCGGCCGCGCAAGGCGGGCCACACGCUGCUCAUCCUGGGCGGCCAGACCUUCAUGUGCGACAAGGUCUACCAGGUGGACCACAAGGCAAAGGAGAUCAUCCCCAAGGCCGACCUGCCCAGCCCCCGGAAGGAGUUCAGCGCCUCGGCCAUCGGCUGCAAGGUCUACGUGACGGGGGGCAGGGGCUCCGAGAACGGGGUGUCCAAGGACGUGUGGGUGUACGACACGGUCCACGAAGAGUGGUCCAAGGCGGCCCCCAUGCUGAUCGCCCGCUUCGGCCACGGCUCGGCCGAGCUGGAGAACUGCCUGUACGUGGUGGGCGGACACACGUCCCUGGCGGGCGUCUUCCCCGCCUCCCCGUCCGUGUCCCUGAAGCAGGUGGAGAAGUACGACCCCGGGGCUAACAAGUGGAGCAUGGUGUCGCCGCUGCGGGACGGCGUGAGCAACGCGGCGGUGGUGAGUGCCAAGCUGAAGCUCUUCGUGUUCGGGGGGACCAGCAUCCACCGGGACAUGGUGUCCAAAGUCCAGUGCUACGACCCCGCGGAGAACCGCUGGACCAUCAAGGCGGAGUGCCCCCAGCCCUGGCGGUACACGGCCGCGGCCGUGCUGGGCAGCCAGAUCUUCAUCAUGGGCGGCGACACGGAGUUCACGGCCGCCUCCGCCUACCGCUUCGACUGCGAGACCAACCAGUGGACGCGGAUCGGGGACAUGACCGCCAAGCGCAUGUCCUGCCACGCCCUGGCCUCGGGCAACAAGCUCUACGUGGUGGGCGGCUACUUCGGGACGCAGCGGUGUAAGACCCUGGACUGCUACGACCCCACGGCGGACACGUGGAGCUGCAUCACCACCGUGCCCUACUCGCUCAUCCCCACGGCCUUCGUCAGCACCUGGAAGCACCUGCCUGCCUGAGGGGCCCCUGCGAGCCAGGCUCUGCGUGUCUCCCCACCUCACAGCUGCAGCCCCGUCACAGGGGCCCGUCUGCCUGCCACAGGGGAAGCUCAGCCGCCCCGGCCAGCGCUCCGAGCGGCCGCCCACCGGCUCUGGGAGCUGCUCUGAGUUUUAAGACGAGAGAAGACGCCGUUUCCAGCGCCGGGAUGUCUGCCUGAGGCUUUUCCCGCUUUGCAGGGGUUUUGGGGGAGAGGGUCUCCCAGAGGGGCGUGCGCACACCAGGGCUCCCUCCGCCUCCGUGGGGGGAGGACGCGUUUGCACGACUUGGAGGUCACCUGUUUCCGCAAGUCCUGGACGGGCCCAGGGGCCAGGCACAGAGAGCCCUGGAUGGGGGCAGCACCGCCUGCAGCCUGUGACUCACGUCCCUGUCCCUGCUGUGAUGUCGCCCACAGGGGACGUCCCAGGUCUCGGGGGACGGCCAGCAGGACUGGGUGCAGAAGCUACUGAGGAGAGAACCGAGGACACGUUGUAUACGGGGCAGAAGCCUGCGGGGUGAGCUCAGUGGCAUCCAGGAGGCUUCAGUGCUGGACGACCCCGGGCAGCUGGGUUCAUGACGAAAUCUCAUGGCCCCUCCCCAGAGCGGGGCUUGCCCUCGGGACCUUGCCACCUCCCGGUCAGGCUGGCCAUGGCCCAUCACACGGCAGCACCCAGGACCUUGGGUACCACAUGCCGCUGGACAGGGGGUGCCUCCCCUUCUCAGAGCACAUCACAAGCACCAGCAAUGCCCCCGGCUCCUGAUGGGGACCCCGAGGGACUCCAGGGACCCGCCCCACCCCCCAGACAUCCCCCAGCGCUGGACGCAUCUCAGUGCGGAGGUCAGCCACGAGGUCACCGCUCCCGACCCCGCUGGCCCCUGGCAUCCUGGCCUUCCAGCUGGUAACUGGGUCUGACCCCUCUGCCCCCUGGGCUCACAACACAAGCUCCGUCCCGAGAGAACUGCCAGACAUCUGUUCGUUGUUUUUCACCUUCCAAGUGGCUGGUCCCUCCUCAGUGUAUCCCAGCCCAGCCCGCCCCUCCCGUCCCUCCAUGCAGGCACUAGCCUUUGGGCUUCUCCUGGGGACUUGGACCUUGAAGUGGGGUUCACUCACUGAUGCGCCCCAGCUGCCACUCGGGAACGUCUGAGAGCAGAAGGUGCACCUCCAGUUCAGACGCUGCUGCUCCCUCUCGGCCCCCCUGCAGCCACGGGGCCCCACCCCAGGAGAUGGCUCUGCUGGGAAACUGGGGAGGGGGCGCGGGGUGGGGGGGGGAGGGGGGGGGGGGGCCUGGGUGGGAAGCAGCCGGGUCUGCAGGCCCUGCCCUGUCGGCUGCUGGGCUGAGCUAAGCACACGUCUCACAGCACAAAGUACCUCCGGUGCCCUCCCUGGCGGGACCCUCUCCGUUUCUAAGUUAAUAAAUGAAUUGAGAACA